UUUUUAUAUCCUCUCUAUAGUAUCAGAAUCAGUUGUCGAUGGAACCGCUCGACUCGCGAAUCUCACUAAGUCCCUCAGAUACAUCAGCGGAUCUCCGUCUCGGUUAGCAUAGUUUAGACUGCUGCAGCUCCAAUUUCCAGUCACAGCGCAUUAAAUUCGCGUAUCUUUGAUCACAAGAGAGCUAUCACGUACAGUUCGAAGACGGAAUACAUGGGAGAAGCGCUUCGCUUCGACUCUGUUGAGCUCAUUUCGGACACAAUGGAAAAGCCGCUGUUGGACAAUCGCUCAUACCGAGUGAUUCAAUUACUCAAUCAACUAGAAGUCCUUUUGAUACACGAUCCAGACACUGACAAAGCUGCCGCUGCUAUGGAUGUCAAUGUUGGUAGCUUCAGCGACCCGGAUGAUCUGCCAGGGACCGCGCACGCGGUGGAGCAUCUGUGUUUUAUGGGAACGAAAAAGUAUCCAGAAGAGACCGAGUAUAGCACUUAUCUGGCCAAGUAUGGUGGCUCCUCCAACGCCUACACGGCCUCGACAUCGACCAAUUACUACUUCGAACUAUCUGCAAGUUCAACAUCAAAUAUUUCAGAGUCAUCCGCAAGCAAAAAGGGGCCUAAUGUUUCAAUUUCCAAGAAUAAGUCACCUCUCUAUGGCGCCCUCGAUCGUUUCUCGCAGUUCUUCAUUCAACCACUCUUUCUCGCCGAUACCCUAGAUCGCGAACUGCGCGCAGUGGAUUCAGAAAAUAAGAAGAAUCUUCAAAGCGACACGUGGCGCCUUGAACAAUUAGGCCGUAGCACUUCGAAUGAAAAGCAUCCCAUUCACAAGUUUGCUACCGGCAAUUAUCAGUGUUUGUAUGAAGAGCCGGUAUCGCGAGGCGUCGAUAUUCGGAAGCGCUUUAUCGAGUUUUACGACGCCCACUAUUCUGCGAACCGUAUGAAGCUUGUUGUUUUGGGUAGAGAACCACUGCAGGAGUUACAGGGCUGGGUUGAGGAGCUCUUCUCUAAAGUACCGAAUAAGAAUCUGCACCGUUUGAGGUGGGACGGUAUACCAGUCUUGACUGAAUCCGAGCUCACGACACAAAUAUUUGUUAAACCAGUGACAGAGCAAAGACAGUUAAACAUUGAUUUCACCUACCCCGAUGAAGAAGAUCUCGUCGACUCCCAUCCCAGUCUAUAUCUGGAGCAUCUAAUUGGCCAUGGGGGCCCUGGCAGUGCUCUCGCUUAUCUGAAGGAGCUGGGUCUCGCGGACUCUUUGUCGGCUGGGGCUUCUACUCUGUGUCCUGGUUCAGCACUUUUCUGUAUUGACGUGAGACUUACAGAGAAGGGCGUUUGUCAACACCGGAAGGUCUUAAAGAUCAUCUUCCAAUAUAUUUCUAUGCUGAAAGAGAACCCACCGUCUGCCUGGAUAUCGGAUGAAAUAAGCCGCCUAGCUGAGGUGGAAUUCAAAUUCAAGCAGAAAGGCCCUCCAUCCCGAACUGUUAGCGGUCUAGCCCAGCUCAUGCAGAACACUUGUAUACCACGCGAGCAGUUACUCAGCUAUCCUCUCAUUCGCAAGUUUGAUCCAGAAAGCAUCCAGCGUGGUCUAUCGCAUCUACGGCCUGAUAACUUUCGAUUCUUUCUUGUCGAUCAACAGUUCCCGGGAGAUCGGAACGCAAAGGAAAAGUGGUAUGGGACCGAAUACAAGCUCGAAAAUAUACCCAAUGAUUUCAUGGAAGAGCUUUGGACAACCGCACAGGCUCCAAAUCCAGAAAGUCCCCCUAAACUUCAUUUACCAGCUGUGAACGAGUUUAUUCCUCAACGAUUAGAUGUUGAACGAAAGGAUGUCGCAGAACCAGCUCGUCAGCCUACGCUAAUCCGUCACGACGACCAUGUCCGUGUGUGGUUCAAAAAGGAUGACCAGUUCUGGGCGCCCAAAGCCAAUAUAAAGAUCCUUCUUCGGUCUCCCAUGGUCGCACUCACACCAAUGUAUGCUGUCAUGACGCGUUUAUACGUUGAUUUGGUCGAGGACAGCUUUGAUGAAUACGCCUAUAACGCGGAUAAGGCCGGUUUGAGCUACGAUAUAUCAGAAAACGCACAGGGACUAAUUAUAGAGCUAAAGGGUUUCAACGACAAGAUGUCAGUGCUUUUGAAGAAAGUAUUACUGGCAGUAAGAGAUUUGGAAGUCAAACAAGAACAAUCCGACGUGGCCAAGGAGAGGGUGUGGAAAGCAUAUAAGAAUUUUGACUACCUGGAGCCGUAUCGACAAAUCAAUACCUUUUCGCGCCUGUUAAUCAACGAAAGAUCCUGGGCUCCUUCUCAACUACUCGAGGAGCUUCCAGCAGUGACAGCUGAGGAUAUACAUUCAUAUAUUCCGCAGCUGCUGCGACAAAUACACAUCGAGAUCCUCGUUCAUGGCAACCUAUAUAAAGAUGAUGCACUAAGUAUAACAAAUUUUGUAGAAUCAACACUCCGCCCACGUCAAUUUCCAAAAAGCCAAUGGCCAUCACGCCGCACAAUUACGCUACCAAGCGGAGCAAACUACCUAUACGAGCGGGUACUGAAGAACCCGGAUAACAUCAACCAUUGUCUCGAGUAUAUCAUCUCAGUCGGCUCUGUCUCGGACCGUUCACAACGAGCCAAGUUGCUACUUUUCUCCCAGGUUGUCGCAGAACCAUGCUUCAGCACACUGCGCACAAAAGAGCAACUCGGAUAUAUCGUCAACUCGGCUAUAGGAGUCUACGUGACUACGGGUACGUGGCGCAUCCUCGUGCAGAGCGAGAGGGAUUGCAAGUACCUCGAAGAGCGCUGUGAUGCAUUUCUGGAAACCUUUGCGCAUGAGUUGCGCGCGAUGACCGACGAGAUAUUUGAAGAGCACAAGAUCGGGUUGAUCAACAGACUCUUGGAGAAAUUGAAGAAUUUGGACCAAGAAACGUCGCGGUUUUGGACUCAGAUUAUGAGUGGGGUGCUUGACUUUGAGCAAGUAUACCAAGAGGUGGAGCACAUUGAACCACUUACGAGGAAAGACAUACUCGAGUUCUUUGACCAGUACAUUCAUCCCUCUUCUUCAGCUAGGGCGAAGCUAUCGAUACAUCUUAUUGCGCAGACAUCUACUAGAGGUUCUGCUGCUGCUGGAUACAGUGCUGCUACUGAAGAAAAUGUUGAUGCUUCAGCCUUAAGGAGAGAUCAAGACGCUGUAACAGUCAACGGACAUAAACGUUCACUGUCCCCCGCCACUAUUCCGAUUGAUAAUGUCGGAAAAUGGAAGGCAAGUCUGCCACUUUCGCCGGCUGCAACCCCAGUGAAAGGUCUAGCCGAAUUCGAAGGGUUUGGGUCGAAGUCAUGAUGUCCGUUUGCGAGAUCUUCGAUGGAC